AACGAAUGCCCACCCAUGAUCCAACCCAGGCACCCACCUUCUUCCAUUCUCUCAGAAACAAACUCCGCUCCCUUGUUCCUCGUUUCCGCCAUUCAACGCUGCCGUUCGUCCUCGCCAGCUUCAAGCUUCAUCAGCCUCUCCCCAGUUCUUCACUACUUCUGUUCAUCUCUUUGCAACUCUUCUGUGGAUUUGUGAUUGAUCAAGCGAUUCAUCUUUGGGUCGCAAUUUUUAGUGAAAAAUGA